AUGGGUUACCCAACGUCAGACAUCGGUUACAGUGAACAUUCAAAUGUUCCAAGGCCAACUGCGUCUCAACUGACCAAGAAGGCACUGCCGGACGUUGUGUUGCUGAAUAUAUUCAAAUACAUUCACCCAAUCGACCUUGUCAAUGGUAUUUCAAGAGUAUCAAAACGAUGGAAUGCACUCGCCAAAACACCGUCACUAUAUCGAUACGUUCGUGUAUUGGUCAAUAAAAAAUCAACAGAUUCAGGGAGCGCGAAAAAGUUCUUGGAGCGGGCAAAAAAUUGCGUCAGAAAAUUGUGUGUGACUUGCGAAAUGAAUGUCUUCGGUGAUAUAUUUCCCAAAUGUAUGCCAAACGUCACAUUUCUGGACAUGACAUCAUUUCCAGGAUUUGUCAAUAAAAUUUGCGGUAACGCAGUCGAAUUUUAUCGGCUGCAAGACACCGUAGAGCUCGUAUCGCAACUAGGGCUUGGAAAAAUACUCCAAACGCCGAUUCGUGACACUCUGACAGAAUUUUAUUUACGUGGAUACCUUCAAGAUGGUGAUUAUGCGGUCAUUGGACAGUUGAUAAAUCUUUCGAAGUUAUCGGUUUUCUCUUCACUUUAUGCAACCGAUGAACAGCUUAUGCAGUUAAAGUCACUUCGCAAUUUGGAACAUCUCCACUUAGACUGCUCCGGUCAGGACUGUGAUUUCACUAUUGAGGGUCUUAUACGAUUCUUUGAACUUCCUACCGAGAAUGAGUCAAAUCAUUUUCCAUACCGUCUCAAAUAUUUGUGCUUCAUUGAAUGUUACAAUUUCCAGACGGAUGUUGCAAAAGCACUUGUGAAAAGACCAGUGAUUCUUACAAGUGAAGUUUGGUUGGGGGUGAGGGCUGGUGGUUUACGUCAGAUAGGAAAUUGUCCACAGCUCGUAUCCUUGAACGUCAGCGAAAAUUGCUUCCUUCCCGACGAAGGCUUAACACUGCUUAUCAAAGGUUUACCGUGA